AUGAAGAAGAAAAAGCCGCCUAAAGCUCGCUCGCCUCCGUCGAAGUCAAUUACUUCGAACCCGCCCAAGUCAAACCCCCCCGUUGCUUCGGCUUCCUCCGAUAGCUCGCCCCCUUCGUCUGAAUCUUCUCUUAGGCCAUCGAUCUCUGCAGAUCUGGUGAUUGAAGAGAGCUUGCCUCACCCUGAAGUAGUGACAAACAAAAUUGCUGAGCCUGUGAUCGCUGUAACGGCGGAUCCGGCUCAGUCACCUCCUCCAGCUCCGGUCGCAACUAAGGAGAAGGCUCCGCCUGUGGGUCAUCAGCAGGAAACAGCUCAUGUGAAGCUUGGUGGUACCAAUGUUCCUGUUGCUGAUAAAUGGGUCUCGUCUGUAAAAGGAACAACAAAAGUUUUGCGGAAGAGAGAUGAAGGCUUCACUCUGCCGUCUGGUGAAGCGUGUGUCAAGAUUCCUAACUCAGUUAUUGAGAGGAACAAGAAGUCGUGGGAGUGUUUUGUUAUCGGUCAGUUCUAUAUAGAACCACCAUCACAAGGAACUAUCCACAACAUAGUCAAUGGAAUUUGGAGCAGGAACUACAGGGAUAUUGUUGUCUCUAAGAUGGAAGGAAAUGCGUUUCUGUUCAGAAUACCAAAUGCGGCCACAAGAAAUAGAGUUCUGACCCAAAGAUUAUGGCUAAUCGAAGGGCAAACAAUGUUUGUGGCAAAGUGGGAACCUGGCGUAACCCUAGAGAAACCUGAACUCACUUCAGCCCCUAUCUGGCUUGAGCUUCGGAAAGUGCCAUUUCAGUUCUUUAAUGAAGAGUGUUUAGAGCGGAUUGCCAGUCUUGUUGGUGAACCAAAACUUCUUCAUCCCGCAACAGCAAACAAGACGAACCUUGAGGUGGCAAAGAUUUUCACUUUGAUUGACCCUAGGAAACCCCUCCCUGAAGCAGUUAACGUUCAAUUUGAUUCAGGGGAAAUUUGCAGAGUCUUGGUCUCAAGCCCAUGGAUGCCUCCAGUGUGCUCUUUCUGCAAAGAAAUAGGUCACACACUGAAGCGAUGCAAAGUGGCACCCAUCGCCUGUGGCCCGUGCAAGUCAACAACUCACGGCCCUGAGACCUGCCCUAAAUCGAAACUGCUUCUAGGUACUGGAAGGAAAACCCGGAGAAGCAGAGGUAGGUCGAAGUUGAUCCCAAGACAGAAUGUGCCUCCGAUUUACAGAGUGUUGGAGAAACCAGUUGCUACCCCGCAAUAUCAGAAACUGAAUGAAUGUAGUGAAGUACUCAGUGGAGAGACAAGCAAGUCCAUGGAUAACCAACACAAAGACCUCUUGGAAAAGGCAAAGGGAAAGAACCAGAAUCCUGAAAAUCUACCUUUACCAUCUUCGGGCGUCGAAGAAGACUCAUCUGAUGUUGUUUCUACAGAUUCUGAACUAGAGGAGGGUCAGAUCUCAGAGAAAGAGGAGUGGCAGGUUCAGCUGCUGUCAAAAUCUUUGCAACAAAUCACCUGUGAAGUUAAAUUGCCAGAUACAGUUCAACCUUUUGUGGCUACGAUUGUGUAUGGAGCUAACUGUGCUGACACAAGAUCAGCAUUAUGGAUGGAGCUUAUGGUAUUAUCAACUGACAAUGCUAUUGAGGGAAAGCCUUGGAUUGUGUUAGGUGACUUCAACCAAACUGCGUCGCCACAGGAACACUCCCACCCUCCAUCCUUGAAUUUUGACAGUAAGAUGAGGGAUUUAAAUGACUGUCUUGUGGAGGCUGAACUAGAAGAAUUAGUGUAUCAUGGAAGCUCCUUUACGUGGUGGAAUAAGCAGAAAAGAUCUCCUAUAGCCAAGAAGCUGGAUAGGGUUUUAGUCAAUGAUUUGUGGGGUGAUACAUUUUCUGAUUCCACAGCACACUUUGACAAUCCAGAUUUUUCGGAUCAUGCUUGCGCUUUAGUCAGCCUCGACCCUCACUCUGCAAGAAGAAAGAAGCCAUUCAAGCUCUAUAACUAUCUCCUACAGAAUGAUGACUUUGUUGAUCUGGUGACACUUGAAUGGUUUUCCUUAAAUGUGGUAGGUUCUGCGAUGUUCAGAGUAUCAAGAAAGCUGAAGCUUUUGAAAAAGUGUAUCCGUGAAUUCAGCAAAAGCAACUACUCUGAUCUUGAAAAACGAGUACAGGAGGCACACACCAUUGUUCUAGAGAAGCAGAAUUUAAUGCUCUCCAACCCAUCUGUUCUCAAUGCCGAGACUGAGCUGGAUGCCAUUCUUAAAUGGCAAGAGCUGGUAGCAGCGGAGGAAGCCUUCCUAUUCCAGAGAGCUAGAAUUUUGUGGUUACAAAUGGGUGAUGCGUGUACGGCUUAUUUCCACAGAAUGGUAGCCUCCCGUAAAGCCAUUAAUCACAUUCAGUCCCUUGUUGAUGAUGCCGGAAUUACUUAUGAGACACAAGAAGAUAUUGAGAGUCAUUGCGUGGAUUACUUCACUAGCUUCCUUGGUGGUGAGCAAAGUCCUCAGCAAUUCAUCCAGGAGGAUUUGAAUCUGCUGUUCAACUUCAGUUGCUCGGCAAAUCAAAAGGAAACUUUUUCAAAAAUGUUUACGAGACAGGAAGUUAGAGACGCUUUCUUCUCUCUGCCAAAAAAUAAAACGAGUGGUCCGGAUGGCUUUAGUGCUGAAUUCUUUACUUCUUUAUGGAAUGUGGUUGGUACAGAAGUUACAGAUGCGGUCCUGGAGUUCUUCACUUCAGGCUCUCUUUUGAAGCAGUGGAAUUCUACAACAAUUGUACUGAUCCCGAAGUUGGUUAAUGCAACGAUGGUAAAGCAGUUUCUCCCUAUCUGUUGCCUUAACACAGUGUAUAAGGUUAUCUCAAAACUGUUGGCUACCAGAUUGAAGGAAGUGCUACCUCAGAUAAUCUCACAAGCCCAGUCAGCAUUCCUCCCAGGUCGUUUGCUAGCUGAGAACGUCCUAAUGGCAACGGACCUUGUCAAGGGUUACAACACUAACAACGAUCAGCCUAGAGCAAUGUUAAAGGUGGACUUGAGUAAAGCUUUUGACUCCAUUCGCUGGGAUUUCAUCUUGGGCACACUUCGAGCUCUCUCAAUUCCUGAGAUUUUUAUAAAUUGGAUUUCUCAAUGCAUCACCACGCCCACGUUCACCAUAGCUGUGAAUGGAGUUUCAUCUGGCCACUUCUCUAGCUCUAAAGGAAUUCGUCAAGGCGACCCGAUGUCUCCGUAUCUCUUCGUAUUAGCAAUGGAAGCUUUCUCACGUCUGCUCCAAUGUCGCUACGAUGAAAACAUCAUUUUGUAUCAUCCACACACUGCUCAGCUAAAACUCACUCAUUUAAUGUUUGCGGAUGACGUAAUGGUUUUCUUUGACGGAAGCUGCAACUCUUUACACAGGAUUAAUGAAUGUCUAUAUCAUUUCGCUUCUUGGUCAGGUCUGCACACAAAUACUGCCAAGACUGAACUCUUUCAUUCGGGACUGAACGUAGAUGAAGCUGAAGACUUGGCGUGUUUCGGGUUUCCAAUAGGCUCAUUACCUAUCAGAUACCUUGGGUUGCCCCUGAUGAGCAGGAAAUUAAAAAUUUCAGAGUAUGAACCGCUACUCAUCAAGCUUCGUCUCGUUUUCAGAUCGUGGGCUGUCAAGUCUCUUUCAUUUGCGGGGAGGUUACAACUGAUAUCCUCAGUCAUCAAUGGUAUAGUUACAUUUUGGAUAUCGACGUUUAUUCUCCCAAAAGGUUGCAUUAGAAGGAUUGAGUCUCUCUGCUCUAGAUUCCUAUGGUCUGGUAAUACUGAUAUUGUGGGGAGAGCAAAAAUUGCUUGGGAAACAGUUUGCCUUCCCAAAAGCGAAGGUGGACUUGGUCUUAGAAGUUUCUACCACUGGAACAGGGUCUUAUGCCUGCGUUUUCUGUGGCUCCUCCUCUCAGACAGCAAAUCGUUAUGGGUGACUUGGCAUAAAGAGUUCCAUUUGAAAGGGAAAAGCUUAUGGGCAGUGGAAGAAAAUGCGCUAGACUCUUGGGCUUGGAAGCAAAUUUUAAAACUGAGGCAUGAAGGUAUCAGGUUCUCCACACCAAUUUUAGGAAAUGGCAAUUCCAUCAGUUUUUGGUUUGAUCCAUGGACGCCACUUGGUCAGCUCAUUAAAUGGAUUGGUCCUGCUGGUCUUGCUCAGUUGCGCAUUCCCCUCCAUGCAAAGGUUUCUAAAUCUUACACCACGACGGGUUGGUCUCUUCCAUCUCCACGAUCAGAACCUUCGGUUAGCUUCCAUAUCUUUCUCUCCACCAUCCCGCUGCCGCAACAGACAGACCCUGAGGACUCUUUUGAUUGGUGUGUGGAUGGAAAAAGUAUUAAUUUGGGUAAUAAAUAUCCAGCAUCGAAGAUGUGGGAAGUGUUAAGACCAAGAAAUGAGAUACAACAAUGGGCUGAUCUUGUCUGGUUCAAAGGAGCUACCCCUAAAAAUGCUUUUAAUUUCUGGGUUGCAAAUGCUGAUAGACUGCCCACAAGAUCAAGGCUUGCUUCAUGGGGUCUGCAGGUCCCUUCAACUUGUACUUUCUGCUCCACAAUGGAGGAGACUCGCGAUCACUUGUUCCUAUGUUGUUCUUUCAGCAGGGAAGUUUGGAACCUGACUAUAUCUAGGCUAGCGCCUAUCUCUCGGUUCGGCUCGUGGGCUGAACUACUGUCUUGGAUCAGGCAGUCUUCAACUACUGCUCCCUCCAUCCUAAGGAAAUUGGCGGCUCAGUCCACAAUCUACAAUCUAUGGAGGCAGCGGAACAACAUCAUCCACAACAAAGGUUUACUCCCUCCUGCCACGAUUCACAAGCUGAUCGACAAGGAAGUAAGGAACUCUAUCACUGCAAGGAAGCACAGGAAGCAGUUUGGAAAUUUGAUGUCUUUAUGGCUUAGAUAA